AUGUCCAGCCGUUCGAAAAGACCUGAAUUUAACGUCGGAUCAAAUUACGAACUACUACAUGUGAUCGGAGAGGGUGCUUACGGCGUUGUAUGUGCCGCUAUUCAUAAACCAACAGGCCAAAAGAUCAUAUCGAUUCUAGAUAUUGUAAGGCCUGAAAGCUUGGGAAAAUUCAAUGAAGUUUACCUUGUACUAGAGCUUAUGGAAGCCGAUUUGCACGGUAUUAUUCGGUCCCAACGAUUGAGCGAUGACCAUUGUCAGUACUUUAUUUAUCAAAUUCUUCGCGCUCUCAAAGCUUUGCAUUCUGCAAAUGUCUUGCAUCGCGAUUUAAAGCCGAGCAACUUGCUUCUAAAUGCCAAUUGUGAUUUAAAGGUUUGUGAUCUUGGUCUUGCUCGAAAUGCAAACCCUAGUGACGAACAAAGCGGCUUUAUGACCGAAUAUGUCGCUACCCGGUGGUAUCGUGCACCAGAGAUUAUGCUCACUUUCAAUGUAUAUACGAAAGCCGUUGAUAUUUGGUCUGUUGGGUGCAUCAUGGCGGAAAUAUUGGACCAUGAUCAGCUUAGGUUGAUUCUCGAAGUUCUAGGAACACCCAGGAAAGACGACCUCAGCAGUAUUACUAGUAAAAGGGCUCGCAAGUAUAUCGAGAGUUUGCCUUAUAACAAGCGCGUUCCCUUUGCACAAAUGUUCCCCAAUGCGAAUCCGCUUGCUCUGGAUUUGCUUGAAAAAAUGCUUACAUUCAAUCCAUCAAACAGAAUUACAGUUGAAGAGGCAUUAAGACACCCCUACAUGGAGCCUUUCCAUGAUCCUUCUGAUGAGCCAGGAGCGGAUCCAAUUCCCGAUUCAUUUUUUGACUUUGAUAAACAGAAAGAUUGCUUGACGAAAGAGGAACUAAAGGUACUAAUUUACCAGGAGGCUAUGCAGUUUUCUAAAAUAGAGAAGCAAGAACUAUAA